AUGGCCUUAGCCACAUCCCCCACGGCACUGUCAACUUUUCCUAACAGAGAAAUACACCAGAAGAUCUUCCUGGGAAGAAAAGCAACAAGCCUUCCCAGAAAAUUUAUCCCCGGUGCCACGAAAGGAGUAUCAAGCGUUUGUGAGCCACUUCCUCCGGAUAGGCCAUUGUGGUUUCCCGGUAGUUCACCUCCCGAGUGGCUCGAUGGCAGUCUUCCUGGAGAUUUCGGUUUCGACCCUCUUGGAUUAGGGUCGGAUCCAGAGUUACUAAAAUGGUUCGCUCAAGCAGAAUUGAUGCAUGCGAGAUGGGCAAUGCUGGGGGUAUCGGGAAUUCUGAUCCCAGAAGUAUUAGAAAAGAUGGGAUACAUUGAGAACUUCUCCUGGUACGAUGCUGGUGCUCGAGAAUAUUUUGCUGACCCUACGACGUUGCUUGUGGUGCAAUUGGGCUUGAUGGGCUGGGUGGAGGGCAGGAGAUGGGCCGAUAUGAUUAACCCAGGGAGUGUUGACAUUGAGCCCAAGGUACCGCACAAGAAGAAUCCGAAGCCGGACGUGGGGUACCCGGGGGGAUUAUGGUUCGACCCGAUGAUGUGGGGACGAGGAUCGCCGGAGCCAGUGAUGGUGCUGAGGACCAAGGAGAUCAAGAACGGUCGACUGGCCAUGCUGGCUUUUGUAGGGUUCUUGUUCCAAGCUAUUUAUACAGGCGAAGGCCCUAUUGAAAACUUGAUGGCACAUGUUGCGGACCCUGGCCAUGCCAACAUUUUCUCGGCUUUCACGUCAAGUUAGCGUCAAGGAUUGAAGAGGCGAUCUGUUUCCUCGGCGAUCGCAUGCUAUUGCAUAAUGCUUUGCUCCUUGAAAACUCCUUGUAUGCGACAACACUGUAUUAUUCUAACCACAACAUUAUAUUUGCACCGACAGGCUUUGAACAUUUCAGAGUUGGAAUGUAAUUGUUAUUUAUUCUUUACCUUUACACUGCGAUCAACAGAGUUUCAUGUUCCACUCAUAAUUGUAUUAUGAGAAAAAGAAUUACAUGGAUAUAAAAUUUGCUGACAUUUGAAAAUA